GCGCUCCUCUGUUGCUCCCCGCCAGUCGCACAGUCCCCCACACUGCCGGGAGCUGCCAGCUGCCAUCACCUUGCAAUGCACUCCGCUAUCCGUGCCCCACGGGGGCUGCUCUCUGCAGGGCUGGCACUCCUGAUGCUUCCGGGAGCUGCGCUGGGCUCAGACUCCAAUCCAGACAACAACUCCGUGGCUGUGGUCUUCCUGGUCUUCCUGCUCCUGCUGCUGCUCCUGGUACUGGCCCUGGCCUGGCGCAAGCUGAGCCAUGAUUCAGAGGGCAGGUAUCACCCACGCCACCUGUGCCAGCCACACCGCCUGCUGGCAGCCCUGGCCAGGCGCUGGCGUGAGCUGCAAGGGCAGGUGCCCCCUGAGAGGCACUGGCAAGACAAGGAGGAGGAGGAGGAUGAGGACGAGGAGGAGGAGGAGACCCUUCAGCGGGAUGAGGAGGAAGGUGGAGGAGGGAAGGAGCAGCAGAGCGAGGAGGAGGGCACUGCUGUGCCAGAGGGGACCCUGCCCCACGAUGUCCCUGAGGGAGCCCUGGAAGAGGGAGGGGAGGCAGAGGGUGCCAGCGCCGGGGGCCUGCUCAGUGACCUGCACUCCUUCUCCGGGACGGCUGCCUGGGAGGACAGCGCCGCGGAGGGAGGCAGCCGCCAGCAUGUCACUGCCCUCUAG